GCAGAAGAAACAGAAUCGUAUGUCAGAAUUAUAUAUUACUUGGACACUGAGCCUGUGCCACCAAAAACAUCAAAGCAAAGGUUUUUUUUUCAGUUGAAAAUCUUCUCUGAUCUGUUUGUUAUGCUUUCUUAUACAAUGUAUUUUUGUAACUCCUUACAGAAUUUUACUGUCAGGAUACAGUUGUAGUUUUUUUUUUUUUUUUUUUUUGAUGCAAUCACUGGGAAGGAAGCUUUGUUAGAUGACCCAUCCCCUCCUUCCAUUGUACCUGGAAUUCUUCCUCGGACUAACAGCAGUACCUGGCUCACCUCUUGCAGGUUAUCUGUUUUGAGUUGUGACUGCAACAUUUUUGGGUGGGUUUUUUUGCAAAGUUAAAGCCUUCCAGAAAGCAUUUGCAAAAGAUUGUGCUUGCUGGGAAGAGUUUCAAUUUUUGUGGAAAGUUGAUGGCUACGGACAACUGAGUCUUCUGUAGUUUAGAAAGAUGACAUGGCUAUAGACACAUGGGCGGUGGCCAUCACUGAGAGCCAGUGGGCUCCGGAGGAGUGUCCCCAGGGACGGCCAGUGAGCGUGACUUCUGACCGGGACAGCAUCUGUGCGCCAAACCUCUUCAGGUCCUGGAAAGCGAGGAAACUUACCAGGAGCAAAUCUGGGCCAGUAGGCCCGCACCAUAGGCAGCCAGCGAAAGAGUUAUUCGAGGAGCUACUGGGAAAAAGAGUGAUCGAAGAGUUGUGCGCGAAGGUUAAAGGCAACUCCUCAUGUGGCCUGGAUGGAGAAACGCAGGUGGUUCAGGGUUCGGACCUCCUGGCCUGGACAGCAGUGGCCCUGCAGGGUGGAAUCAUUCCUGGAGAUGGAAGUAGAAGAGCUGCAGGCAUGGUCGCCACAGUGGAGAAAUGGCAACACAGAUUUCAGAAGAGCCUUUCUCAGAGUGCCCUGCUGAAUAUGAACGUAUGCAAGGAGAACACAGAGGGCCAAUGGGAUGCCUUCUACAAUCUCCAAGGAAACAUCUCCAGGAAUUUCCAGACACUAUACACUCCGGGGCGUCCACUGUGUGUGAAAAAAUAUGCCUUGUCAUACAAAGGCCACCCAGCCAAAUGCCACAUGAAAAUGGCUCUCCUCUGUGAGGUGGAAUCUGGGUAUGUUUGCAAUUUCUUCCUGUAUUCCCCAGAGGUGCUUCAGAAGGGCUCCAAGUCACCAGUAAUGGAGCAAGUCCUUCAUCGGCUUUUGAGGCCCUACUACAACAAGGGCUACAAUGUACAGCUAGACUCUUCUGCCCACAUGGAGGGGAGACUAAGCCAGGUGUUUUCAGGUCUGGGAGUACACCUUCAGUUUGUAAACCUGUGGCCAGGAGAGGAUGACACAGUUAAGCCGUUCUCUUCUCCCCCAUCUCCCACUGGCUUUCCUUGCGUGAAGCAAGGGGAUUCUGGGACUGAGGAUGACUCUACAGCUUUCCUAAGAGCCCACCUCCAUGGCUGGGUCGGCCCAGUCCUCCUACCCUGGGCAUCGGACACAGGGGAACAUCAGUCAAUGGUGUUCCUGCAGGGCUUCUGGCUGGUGGUGCACCUAGGCUGCAUCGACGCGUUUGUGCUGUAUUCGCUGCGGUCGCGGGCACCGAGCAGCCGUAUCAACCUGUGUGACUUUACUUACGGCUUAGCCACGGAGCUGGCUGUGGAAUACCUGCCGUCCACUCCGCUAACAACACCUUCGCUCGCCAGCCUGUCCAGCCAGACCAAUGGCCAAAACAAUGGUCCUUCAAGGGAGGAGAACUCCAGCAGGCGUACCAGUAUGGUCCAGUGCCCAGGCCUCUGUGGCCUGGUGAACUGUGGGAACACCUGCUACAUGAACGCAGUUCUGCAGUGCCUCCUUGGGACAGUGCCCCUGGUUGAGCACUUCCUGGAUAGACGAAACAGGAGCAACAUAUCCAGCCUCCAGAGUCAGGUGGUUGCUGGUCCUUUCCUACGGCUGGUGGAGGAGGUGUGGCUGGUCAAACGGGACAGUUGGACCCCAUCGGAAAUGAGGGACGUGGUGUGCACCCUCCACCCACAGUUCGACAACAGCUGUCAGCAGGACGCCCAGGAGCUGCUGCUCUUCCUCCUAAACGCCCUCCACGACGACCUCAAAAAGAGGGAGGACAAACAAGAGGGCGAUAACUCCCCCGACCUGCCCGGUGAGUCCUCCAUCAUCACGCGACUGUUCGAGGGCCAGCUCAGCUACGUCACGCUCUGCAUGGACUGCAGCCACCAGAUCCAGCGGAACCAGGUCUCCACUAUGCUGUCCCUGCCCGUCCCCAACCACGUCAUCAAGUGCUCACUCCAGGACUGCUUGGCUCUCUUCUUCCAGCAGAGCACUCUGACGCACAGCGAGCGUAUGCUGUGCCCUGAGUGUGGACUGAGGCAGGACACUGCAGUGCAGACCACUCUGGUCAAGCCCCCUGAGAUACUGGUGCUGCAUCUCAAGCGUUUCGAAUGCCGAGGAAAUCACAAGAAGAAGCUGAAAACCAACGUGGUCUUCCCUCUGGAGAACCUGGACCUGAGCCCAUUUUCACCCAGCCCAUCCCCCCGACACAGCAAAUACUCUCUGUAUGCCGUGGUGAACCACACAGGCAACCUGGACAUGGGGCACUACACGGCGUACCUCCACAAUGCCCACACCCGCAGCUGGCACAAGUUCGACGAUGCCUCGGUGAGCGACAUUCAGGACCAUCUCGUCCAGUCGCUAGGCGCCUACAUCCUACUGUACACCUGUGAGAAGUUCCGUCGCCCUCGUAUCCUGGGUGUGUGAUUCGGCCUCUCCAGCUUAUCCGCGAGACAUGGGCUCCAACAGUCCUACAAUAGAAUACUCACAUUGUGACCGGGUCAGCUGACCUAAUAGACAGUGGGGAAAUUUCUACAUUACCUAGUCUGUAAAUUUGAUAUAUAUACACUUAAUGAUGUAAGAUAUAAGUAUAUAUUUGUGCACACACACACGUUUAAUAUAUAAGUAUAUGUUAAAGAAUCUGCCUGUUAUGUCAUAAACUAAUAAUAGUAUUGUGGUGUUUCCACAGAUGUGUGGAAAGCACAGCUGGAUAGUUCAGUUUUCCAUGUGUGGGUACAGUCUGAUGUAAAAAGUUAUUGUGUGUGGGAUGGAUCUUGCUGCCCCCCCCCCCCCCCAAUCCUCCCACCGCCAUCCCUACCCUUUCCUGAAUGUUGACAUCAUAGGCACACAUGCUGGCUUUAGGGAGGCAGGAAGUGUAGGUGGUUGGGUGUGGUGUUCAUUUAAUUUUAGAGAUACUAAACAACAUACUACAGUCUUCAACUUUCUGUGGAUUUACAGUGAAAUACUGCAGAGGAUCCAUUGGCUGUCGUGAGAAUAAAAAACAUGGCACUUGGG